AUGGGCGCUUUCGAUCCCAUUAUGACCUAUGAAAAGGGCACAUACAUCGAGACUGAUACUGGUAACAAAGUAUCUCGGAAAGCUACUAUAACAGGAGCUACCAACAUCAUAUUGGGCGGUAAAUCUAUCAUUCAGACUGGAUCUAUACUCAGAGGAGAUCUCAAAAGGUCGACGGCUGGACAACAUGUCGUGAUCAGUAUGGGAAGAUAUUGUCUUAUCGGUGAAGGUUCUGUUGUCCGACCACCAGGAAAGCUCUACAAGGGCGCCUUUACAUUUUACCCAGUCAGGAUAUCAGAUUUCGUUCAUAUCGGUUCAAAUUGCAUAAUAGAGGCAGCACAGAUAGGUUCAGGCGUGGAAAUAGGGAAGAACUGCAUUAUAGGCAAAUUCGUCAUAGUAAAAGAUUUGGCUGUCAUCUUACCCGAUACAGUAUUACCUGAAGGUGCUGUUGUUCCAAGUAUGUCACUAUGGGGCGGUAAUCCAGGCAAGCUAAUCGGGACACUACCCGAAACGUAUCAAGAGACAAUGGAAAAAAAAUGUAAAACCUACUAUCAACAAUUCAGACCUGCUUAA